UUUUUUCUUAGUGAGGACAUUAAAGGGGGUAAAAAAAAGAGGAAAUUGCAGGAAGACAAGACUUGAAAAUUGCAUUUGGCAAGGUUCAGAGUUUUGUGUGACUGUUUUGGGAGGGAGACAGUGAGACCAAAGGAGGAGGAGGAGGAGGUGGAGGUGGAAGUGGGGGAGGUCUGCAGGGACAAAGAGAAGCUGGCCAGGUGUAUUGCGUCUCAGUCAUGACCACAGCUCCAUGCCGGUAGCUACGAGAACGGGAGCAGACCGAGUGAGGAGCCGUCAAGGGACACAGGAUGGUGAGGUGUUGGAAACAUUCGGAAAACCGUUUGGAGGAAGCACAGUGCACGGAUGGGGGCUCUGCUGCGUCCUCCCAGUCCCGCUUCCCACACAAGGCAUUCUGGGUCAGCCUCUCGGUCUCGCUGCUCCUGGUCAUCGUUGCCUUCGGUUUGACGGGGCACCUGGGGCUGUCACAGCCUCGCUCUGAGUCUUUACAGAUCGUGCGAAUCACAGUUCCAGAUCAGACCGGAGUUCUGAUCAACCAGUCGGCCGUCGUGGACCAGCAGAAUGACCUUGUGACCUUUUCGGUGACCUCGCCCGCAAAUCAGACGUCCACUGUUCUCUUUGAUAUCAAACAUGGUUUGAUAUGUUACAAACCCGUCGACCAGGACAGCUGCUUCCUGCGAAAGAUGGAGAAGUCCGACUACGACAACGUGCACUCCCUCCUCCACGAGUCAACACACAAGCAGAGUCAGUUCCAGCUUGCCGGGAAUGAGACCCAGAGGCAGACGGAGUUCCUGGGAGUGCUGGCAGCCAGUCAGGUGGACGUGUCCACGCUGGAGGAGCCUCUCCAGGCUCUGUGUCAGAACAGCUCCAUCCACUGGACCAGGAGGGUCGAGGGCCCGGGGAAACAGCGGCUGGUCUACUUCUGCAUCGACAUCUGCUUUCCCAGCAACAUCUGCGUGUCCGUGUGCUUCUACUACCUGCCAGAGUGACUGUGCAUUCUCUUCCUCUCCUCCCAGCAAAAGAUCAGGGAAACAAAGUUGUCUUUUUAGCUCCCUCUCUACAAGAAAAAGAAAAAAAAAAACGAACAAAAGCCAGCUUUGACUGUUUCCUUUGUGCCAUACAGCCGCCAGUAAACCAGUGAAGCGGCCAACCCUCCCAGUGCAUUUCCAUCCUUCCGAGAGAGAAGAGAUGGAGACAGGCUGUCACGGUUAUCGCCAAAGCCCCAUCGUCACUCUCUUCAUGUAUAAUAUCCUCUCUGGUGGGACACUUCAGAGAUUACAGAAGAAAGAUGUUUUUGUACGUGCCUCUAAUUGUGUUUCCUGUAACCCCACUGCUGCAGUAUAUAAUUAUGUGUAACCGUUCCAGUCGAGUGUUUUGAUCCGUCUAAUAAAAGACUGGUGUGUAUUUGUGGCCAACUUUUCUUCAUUAGACUGAAAAAAGAAAAUCAAAGAUUGCAAGGACUUCUUUGAAUGACGUUUUUACUGCGGAAUCAUUUUCUGUACAUCUUUUUUUCUU